AUGGAUUUCUUCAAACGUUCCAAGUUCGACAAGCUGAUUGAGAAGGCGACCAGUGAAAUGCUGAUUGAAUCAGACAUUGAGAGUAUCAUUGCAGUUUGCGAUAACGUGCGUAGUCAAGAGAUUUCGCCUAAAUAUGCGGUUCAAUGUUUGAAGAAACGUCUUCAGUGUGACAACCCAAACGUCGUUCUACACUCAUUUGAUGUGCUUGAGUCAUUAAUGAAGAACUGUGGUACACCUGUUCAUGAAGAAGUUUGCAGCACUGACUUUAUGCAGCAGCUUGUUGGGAUGGUUGAUACAUCCCCAGACGUUCGUGCAAAGCUUCUAGAGUGUCUUCAAAACUGGGCUUAUGUUUUUCGUGAUAAGCCUGGCUACGUUGCUGUUAUAGAUGCUUAUGAGAACCUUAAAAACGCUGGUUACAUUUUUCCGGAGUUCUCAGAGAGUGCUGCUAUGUUCAGUGUAGUUUGUGCUCCAAGUUGGAAGGAAGGAAAUGCAUGCCAUCGAUGCAAGUCCGCAUUUACUACGUUCAGGCGUAAACAUCACUGUCGUAAGUGUGGUCAAGUGUUUUGUGGUGAGUGUACCUCGUCACGCGCCAUUCUGCCUGAAUUCGGCAUUGAGAAGGAAGUGCGUGUUUGUGAUUUGUGCUUUGAAUCAAUCAACAGAGGAUUGUCUUCUGCUUCAAAUAACUCUGAAGAUAAAAGGUCUGUGGAGAGGGAGAAUCAGCUUCGACGUGAGAAAGAGCGACAACUGGAACAGCAAGAAAACGAGGAUCUCGAAUUGGCUUUAGCCUUAAGUGCUAGCGAAGCAGAGUCGAAUCAGAGGAAUAAUCAAAUAAAGUCUACUAUCAAUGACAAUAAACCUUCACCAUCAUCAGCAUCGCCAACAGUCGCUCACCUUCUCCCAGUUCUCGAUACAAGUGAAAUGGAUCCCGAGUUAGCGCAAUAUUUAUCUAAACAUUAUCAGAGAGCUAAUCCAUCAUCUACUCAGGAUGGCAUAUAUCAAGAAAAUUCUCAAGAACAUCUCAUGCUUCAACAGUCUACCACUCAGCCUAGCGCACCUAUAUAUGCUUCCAGUACACCAUCAGAUAAUGGUACGAUUUCUAUUAACACUCUCAAGUCCGGAGUGAAUAGUGAUUUUAAUGUGCCAGGGAAAAGUCGAUCCAGUGAGAUAAAUUCAGCUAAUCCUAACGGUAAGACUGACCUCAACACAUCGGAAAUUCCAGAUCUAACUAAUCCAAAACAAGAAGAGUUCCUUGAUGCUCUACGUGGUAGUAUCGAAUUUUUCGUAAAUCGCUUGCAGAGCAAUAGUCAAAGAGGACGUAAUAUUUCAAGUGAUACAACGGUUCAAACAUUAUUUUUGACACUAAAUAAAAUGCAUCCACAAUUAAUGGACUACAAACACUACAUGGAGGAACGCCGAGCCUAUUUUGAGAAGAUGCAAGACAAACUUAACCAGAUUCGUGAAGCUCGUGAGGCUUUGGAUGCAUUAAGACAUGAUCACGCUGUUCGCAAACAAAUAGAAGAGCAAGAAGCUGCUCGUAUGCGUCAGUUACAGAUAAUGCAGAAAUUGGAAGCUAUGCGACAACAGAAAAGAGACACUUUGGAGUACAAAUUACGCAUGACACUAAAACAAAAUAUGCAGUACCAACAAGAAUACGGAAUGCCACAUCAGCCCUUACCGUACGGCGUCGAUUCAUUUCCUAGUGUACAAACUGUUGCACCUGGAGAAGGUUACCCAACCAAUUAUACUUUGCCUUAUAUAUCUGGAAUUAAUUACGCAUCAUUUCCACCUAUUCCGAACGGUUACCUACCAAGAGACAAUAGGGUUUAUGCCCCACAAUUUCCAGAUCCGAAUUCACUUGUCCCCACUCAAAAUGGUGCUAGUAGACCUAGUUAUAACAUGUCAUACACACCACAAUUUCAUUCAUAUGUUCCCGAUCCAGUUGGCCAUAAUAUCCAAACACAUCCUUCGCUUUCUCAAGGAAACCAAAAUCCAGUUCCACCUGGCUCAUUUUCGAUGCAAAGUACGUACCUUCUACAUAUCCGUUCAUAA